GCUCGCGACGCGGCCGAUACGCGCCCGGUGUGAGUUGACGCGGUGCAGCCGUUACACCUCCUAUCAGGACCUAAACUACGAUUUUGCUGAGUCAUUCAGCAGCCCGGGUCUCAUUAACUUCCUGAGGUCUGGAUUGGGGUGGAUUUUACAGGCGGUGUGUGAUUGGCUGUGCAGUGGGAGGCGGGCCUGUCCAAAGUUAAACAUCUGGAAAUGCUUUCUGCCUGUUCAGCCACUCAGUAACUCAGUGAGGUUGAGCAGAAUACCACUGACAAAGAGAAGAUGUCCUUCAUUAAAGUAGACCAAACGUCUGAUUUCUCCUUCCACAACCUCCCGUAUGGAGUCUUCUCCACUCCUGACAAUGCCAAACAUCGCAUUGGUGUUGCCAUUGGAGACCAGAUACUGGACCUCAGUGUGAUAAAGUCUCUGUUUCGAGGGCCUGCGAUCUCCAAACAUCAGGAUGUCUUUGACCAGCCCACACUGAAUGCUUUCAUGGCUCUUGGUUACGAGGCCUGGCGGGAGGCCAGGAGGACCUUGCAAACGUUGCUGUCAGCCAAUGAGAGCACGCUGAGAGACGACGUCAGCCUUCGGAGCAGAGCCUUUGUCCAUCAGAGUGCAGCCACCAUGCACCUUCCUGCAGACAUCGGCGAUUACACCGACUUCUACUCCUCCAGAGAUCAUGCCACCAACGUUGGCAUCAUGUUCCGGGGGAAGGAGAACGCUCUGAUGCCAAACUGGUUAAGGCUUCCUGUGGGGUACCACGGCAGAGCAUCAUCAGUAGUUGUUUCUGGGACUCCCAUUCGCCGCCCUUCAGGCCAGAUGAGACCUGACCAAACAAAGCCUCCAGUGUUUGGCCCCUCUAAGCAGUUGGACAUUGAGCUGGAGAUGGCCUUCUUUGUUGGAGCAGGGACUCAGCUCGGGGAGCCCAUUCCCAUCCAGAAAGCCCAUGAACACAUCUUUGGCAUGGUGCUCAUGAAUGACUGGAGUGCCAGAGACAUCCAGGCGUGGGAGUAUGUUCCUCUGGGUCCUUUCCUGGGGAAGAACUUCGGAACAUCCAUCUCCCCCUGGGUCGUCCCCAUGGAGGCACUCUUACCCUUUGCGGUGCCCAACUCCAUCCAGGAUCCUGAGCCCCUGCCUUACCUGCAGCACCAGGAUGCUUACACGUUCAACAUUAACCUGUUUGUGUCACUAAAAGGACAGGACAUGGCAGAGGCAGCAACCAUCUGCAAGUCAAACUUCAGGUACAUGUACUGGACCAUGAAGCAGCAGCUUGCCCAUCACACAGUCAACGGCUGCAACGUCAGAGCAGGAGACCUGCUGGCUUCUGGUACCAUCAGUGGACCUGAUCCGGAGAGUUUUGGCUCCAUGCUGGAGCUGUCGUGGAGGGGAUCUAAGAGCAUCGAUCUGGGAGGCGGAGAAACCAGAACCUUCCUGAAGGACGGAGACCAAGUCACCAUCACAGGUCACUGUCAAGGAGAUGGAUACAGGGUGGGCUUCGGUCCUUGUAUGGGAUCCAUCCUGCCGGCCCUGCAGCACUGAAGCACACUUGUACCAUGUACUGUUAAUGUGGGAAUCCUUUAGUGGAGCGUAAAUAACUGGAAGACACAUUACCUGUUCUGAUGGCCAUUAUCCGUGAAUGAUGACGACUAUCAAGAUAUUCUCACAGCUCUGUGGUUUUGUGGUCUCGUUAUUGAAAUCCUCAUCAUGUGAUGUUCAUCCAGCAGAGGGGUCCUCCCACCUCACCUCACAGUGUUACUGCUGUACCAGGAUCAGUAUUAUUGAUGUUUUACGGGUGUUGCUUCCUGAUUUAUAAUGAAAGCAUCCAUUUUUAAUCUC